UCUAUGCCACAGUUUGUAUUCCAUUACCCAUGUCAGCGUGUUUUUUGCCACAUGAACUGCCAUGAAUCGAAAAACCAAACACAAUUGAACAACCUUCUAAAUCUUCUUUGUUUUAUUCUUCACACAUUUAACGUAAUGUACAUGUAAAUGGAGAAAAUUGAUUUUUUCCGGGGGUACAAUGUUUGGUGCAACACCAGCAACCGGAAGCACUUGUGUUUUCGUGUGUAAACCCAUGGUAAAACCGAAUGGGGAGAUAGCUGAUUUCAGCUGGGUUACCCUUUAUUACUGCCACAGAUGAACAUACUGGAUAUAUAAUUUCGAAGUAGCGGGAUAAAAAACGUUUCAGAGAUGUCCAUGUCCCAUCUCUAUGGGAGGAGAGAGGAGGAGGAGGAAGGUGUGGAGAUAGAGAGCUUUGAGGUGACAGACUGGGACCUGGCCAAUGAGUUCAACCCAGACCGUCGUAGACACAGACAGACCAAAGACCAGGCCACCUAUGGGAUCUGGGCUGACAGGGACUCAGACGAGGAUGAAAGGCCUAGCUUUGGAGGCAAGAAAUCCAAAGACUACAGUGCGCCAGUGAACUUUGUGAGUGCUGGUCUACGUAAGUCUGCAGCUGAGGAGAAACAACAACAAGUAGAAGGAGGCUCUGAUGACUCAGAGGAAGAUGGUCCUUCAGCACCUCCCCCUCCUCGCGGCGCUGCACCCAAAAAACUCCAGAUGGGGACUUUCCGGGGGAACCAGUCCCAGAGGUUUGCAGGUGGUAUACAGUCUGGUAAAGGCAUUGGUACCUGGGAGAAGCACACAAAGGGAAUUGGACAGAAACUUCUGCAGAAAAUGGGCUACCAACCAGGCAAAGGCCUGGGCAAGAAUGCUCAAGGUAUUAUAAACCCCAUUGAGGCAAAGGUUCGUAAAGGCAAGGGAGCCGUGGGUGCUUAUGGCAAUGAGCGAACCCAGCAGAGUCUUCAGGACUUUCCUGUGGUCGACUCAGAGGAAGAGGAGGAAAAGGAGUUUCAGAAGGAGCUAGGCCAGUGGCGUAAGGAUCCUGCAGGCUCUAUAGGGAAGAAGAAACCCAAGUAUUCCUAUAGAACUGUGGACGAGCUGAAGGCUAAAGGCAAGCUGGCAGGGCGCAGUACAGCGGCAUCCGCUGGAGAGUUGGCACAGGUCAAGGUUAUAGAUAUGACUGGAAGAGAACAAAAGGUAUAUUACAGUUACAGUCAGAUGUCCAACAAGCACAGUGUUCCAGAUGAAGGUCCUCCAAGCUUGUCGGCUCAGGAUCAGAAGGGAUCUGGCUUUGCUCUCCCUGAACUCGAACAUAACCUGCAGCUUCUGAUAGACCUCACCGAACAGGACAUAUUACAGUCUGCCAGACGUCUGCAGCAUGAAAAAGAUGUGGUUGUGUCUCUGAGCCAUGAGUCACUUGCACUGCAGAGCAGACUGGAUGCAGAGCAAGAGUCCAUCCGGAGAAUGGAGGCCGUUUUGGCAUUGGUGGGGCGUUUUCCUUCUGGGGAGAUGGCACCUGGGGAGGGACCCACCCUGCAGGAGUGUGCCCGGAUCUUUGAGACUUUACAAACAGACUAUUAUGAAGAAUACAAGACAAUGGGAUUGGCAGACCUGGCUGUAGCUGUUGUUCAGCCGUUACUUAAAGAGAAAGUUCGUUCCUGGGACCCUCUGAAGGACAGCUCCUAUUGUCUGGAAGACAUCGGUCAGUGGAGAGCAAUCCUUGAAUCUAGAGACCUCCGUAACAGUACCCCAGAUUCCAACAUGGACCCUUACCACAGACUGUUGUGGGAAGUUUGGAUCCCAGUGAUGCGGCCCUGUGUGUCAAGCUGGCAGCCUCGUUUAGUAGGGCCAAUGGUGGACUGCGUGGAAGUGUGGGCUCCUCUUCUUCCCAUGUGGAUCCUGGAUCACCUGAUGGAGCAGCUGAUCUUACCACGCCUACAGCGAGAGGUGGAUAACUGGAACCCUUUAACUGACACAGUGCCCAUCCACUCCUGGAUCCAUCCGUGGCUUCCUCUGCUCCAAUCCCGUCUAGAGCCUCUUUACCCACCAAUCAGGAGCAAACUAUCUAAUGCCUUGCAGCGAUGGCAUCCCAGCGACGCUUCAGCCCGCCUCAUCCUGCAGCCUUGGAAAGAUGUUUUCACACCAGGUGCAUGGGAGGCCUUCAUGGUGAAAAAUAUCAUCCCUAAACUAGCUCUGUGCCUGGAAGAGCUGGUUAUCAACCCUCAUCAGCAGCAGAUGGAGCCAUUUCACUGGGUGAUGGACUGGGAGGGCAUGUUGUCCCCUUCCAGCCUUGUGUCUCUGCUGGACAAAAACUUCUUUACAAAAUGGUUGCAGGUCCUAUGUUCAUGGUUGAGCAACAGUCCUAACUAUGAGGAAAUCACUAAAUGGUACCUGGGUUGGAAAAGCAUGUUUAGUGACGCCUUGUUGUCACAGACGCUCAUCAAAGAGAAAUUCAACGAAGCUUUGGACAUCAUGAACCGCGCAGUGUCGUCGGGCAUGGGUGGAUAUAUGCAACCGGGUGCAAGGGAGAAUAUUGCAUAUCUGACACAGACCGAGAGACGAAAGGACUUCCAGUAUGAAGCAAUGCAGGAGCGCAGGGAUGCUGAGAGCGUGGCUCACAGAGGGAUCAGUACUGGUGUGCCUACUAACUUCAAAGAUCUUAUCCAGACUAAGGCAGAGGAGAACAACAUUGUUUUUAUGCCCUUAGUUGCCAAACGGCAUGAGGGCAAACAGCUGUACACCUUUGGCCGUAUUGUCAUUUACAUUGACAGAGGGGUUGUGUUCGUGCAAGGAGAAAAGACUUGGGUGCCCACGUCUUUGCAGAGUCUGAUAGAUAUGGCCAAGUGA